UUUGGAGACCAAAUUUCUAAAAAGGAUAAUGGUUCCCUCCAAAAUUCUCCCAUAAAAUACAAAAUGUUGAAAAAAGAGGUGAUAAAUUAUAAAGUUUCCGAAGAUUUGGAGUAUUAUAGACUCAUAUAUAGCUUGGUUGGAGUUGCUUCAUAGUUCAUAUACACAGAACAUUUUUUGUUUUGGAUUUUAAAUCCUUAGUCCAUUUUUUUUUGGUGAAAAUGGAAGCUGCCAGCAACUUGUUCGAUGAAAUGUCUCAUCCGCGUUGUUCUUGUUCCACCUCUUUCGUUUUCGUUUUUCAUAUGAAUUGUGGUUCUGUAUAUCAUGCAAAUGAGAACAGGGAAAUUCAACGGCGGGUGGUGGGUGUAGAUACAGACAAGCUAUACCAGUGGGCUCCAAAAGUCGUUUGGAUAUCAGCACUAACUUUGGCUUGCGCAAAGCCUUUCUACCUCAGGGUGGCAGGAAAUACUCUCCUCUAUAUCAACCCACUGCACAACAAGUGAUGAUUGAUGCCGUAUCUGUUGGUCCUAUUGUUGUGUUUCUUUUGGGAGCCCACACAAACUUUGCCCUUUUUCUUAUGAAGUAUCCUCAUUUAAAGAGGAACAUUGAGCACAUUUAUGUCAUGGGUGGUGCUGUUCGGCCAAACUGUCCAUACAAUGUAGACUUCUCUUCCAAACCAGGGCAGUGCUCUCCCCCAGGCAAUUUGUUUCCAACUUACAGCAAUCCAUACAUGGAGUUUAAUAUAUUUGGAGACCCUUUUGCUGCAUAUACGGUAUUACAUUCUGGCAUUCCAGUCACUCUCAUUCCAUUGGAUGCAACGAAUACAAUCCCUGUGAGUGAGAAUUUCUUCGACACAUUUGAACAGAGUCAGAAUACAAAUGAGGCAAAAUACUGCUUCCAAUCCUUAAAGUUAGCUCAUGACACAUGGUACGACGACCGAUUUCAUGAGACCUAUUUCAUGUGGGACUCUUUCAUGGUUGGUGUAGCGAUAUCGACGAUGCGUAGUUCUGAGAGUCAUUUUGGAGAGAACGAAUUUGCUGAGAUGGAAUUUGUCAACAUUACGGUGGUUACGUCAAAACCUUAUGGAAUAUCUUAUGGAUCAAAUCCAUUCUUUGUUAGCAAUGCCAUCCCAAAGUUUCAAUUGCAAAAAAAUGGAGCGCAUAGUGGUCAUGUGCAGACAGGAAUGCGCGAUCCAUUCUGCCUCGUCCAUAAUGGUGAAGGAAGAUGCGAGGAUGGUUACACAAAGGAGGUAGCCGGGCCAGAAGCAGUACAUGUGCUUGUUGCAAUGAAGGCCAAACAAGAUUGCGAUGUUGACAGUUCACUCUACAGGAAGUUUUAUAGAAACUUCUUGGAUGUUAUAAAUUGUCCUGAGCAAACUGGUAGGUUUAAUAUUGCUUCACAAUUUCCCUAUUACAACGAAGUUACUUUUCGACCGGAUUUCGCAAGAAGAACAUUGGGAAAACCAGUAAUUUUUGACAUGGAUAUGAGUCCUGGGGAUUUCUUUGCUCUCUUUUGUCUUCUAAAAUUACCUGCGGAACUUAUUGACCUAAAGGGGAUAUUUGUAACUGCAACUGGUUGGGCAAAUGCUGCAACAAUAAAUAUCGUAUAUGAUGUUCUGCAUAUGAUGGGUCGUGAUGACAUUCCAGUUGGUUUAGGAGAUGUAUUUGCAACAGGCCAAGCAAACCCAUCGUUCCCACCCAUUGGAGAUUGCAAGUAUAGCCAGGCAAUCCCUCUUGGUAAGGGUGGCUUUUUGGACUCUGAUACACUCUACGGUUGUGCUCGUUACUUGCCUCGUAGUCCCAGAAGGUACACAGCAGUGAAUUCUGUAAACUUUGGAGCUCCUCGAGAUACUAACCAUCCUGAACUUAGGCAACCGUUAGCAUUAGAUGUAUGGAAGUCCAUUAUGCGGUCACUGGAUUUAAGAUCCAAGGUUACUGUAUUAACCAACGGACCCUUAACUACUUUAGCCAAAAUUAUCCAAUCAGAGAAAGCAAGCUCCAUGAUUCAGGAAGUAUAUAUAGUUGGGGGACAAAUCAGUAAUGAUAGCAAGGAGAGCAGAAACAUUUUUACUGUUCCUGGAAAUACUUAUGGAGAAUUCAACAUGUUUCUCGAUCCUUUAGCUGCGAAGGAAGUAUUUGAAUCAGAGCUGGACAUCAGACUUAUUCCACUGGGAAUUCAAAGGAGAGUGAGUUCUUUUGGUAAGAUUCUUGAAGAACUAAACAAAACUAGCAAGACUCCAGAAGCAGUUUUUGCAAGUCGUCUCCUCACAACUCUAUGGCACUUGCAACAAAAGCACCACAACUACCGUCACAUGGAUAUGUUCCUCGGAGAAGUUCUUGGUGCAGUUGCCUUAGCUGGCAAUCAUCUUCAUCUCAACCAAACAUUUCAAUCCGAGCCACUGAUGAUCUUGGCAACUGGUGACAUUUUAAGGGAUGGGCAGAUCACUAUAGACAGCGGACGAGGCAAAUCUGUCAAAACAUUGAGAAGUGUUGAUCAUGUAAAAUACUACGAGCAUUAUGCCGAUGUACUUGGUGAAACAAUGCAGUCUGCUGCUAUAGGAAGCUUUGAUGAGCAGAAACGAAUAUGGAGCACCCCACAUGAGGAUCAGGGUCAUUACUGGGUUUACUGGCAGACCAUCAUCGGGCUUUUCUUGGUCGGAGGAGCUUUACUGGUUUAUUGGCAAAGCAUCAACGGCUUUUCUUGGUCGGACGAGACACUUUUAAGGGCUAUGAUUGUAUUCACGAAGACAUCACGGAGAGUAUUGAAAUGCAACGGCAUUAGAAUUGAAGGCAUACGAGUUUGACCCACAGAUUCUAGAUAAGAGAAUGGAGGUUCCUUAACUCUCUUUGAAAAGGAAAAGAUGAAUGCUUUGAGGAGUGGGAUUCAUUUCAAAACAGAAGGUUUGUGUAGAACUAAUUGGGUUCUGUUAUGUUCUUGAUCUAUUUUUGGUAGGAGAGAAGCUUUGGUGUUCAUGGUGCUCACAACGAAGUUAUUGUUGAAAGAUGUGUUAGGUGCCUGUAAGUCUAACCAGUGGAAGGAAGAAAGAGAGGCUUUCUCUGCAAUGGAACUUGAAGUUGCUUCAGGGGCGGCUGUAGAAUUUUAGUCUAGCGAUAGACAAAACUUCAUAAAAAAAAAAUUGUUUAUAAAACCUUUCAGGCCUAGUUCAUUUUAUUUUAUUGAGCUGUAUGAUCUACUUUAUUGAGCACAUGAGCGAAAGUUUUGAAGUUUCUA